GGCCGGGCGCUGCGGAGGGCGGCGGCGGCGGCAGCAUGCUGAGCCCCAAGCUGCGGCAGGCGAGGCGAGUCCGGUCAAAGAGUUUGGUGAUGGGCGAACAGAUUCGGCCUCCCUCCAGACCUUCUUCUCCUAAUCCACAAGAACGUGUGCUGAAGUGCGGCUGGCUGAAGAAACAAAGGAGCAUUGUGAAGAACUGGCAGCAGCGGUGGUUUGUUCUGCGUGGGGACCAGCUCCUCUACUACAAGGAUGAGGAGGAAACUAAACCUCAGGGUUUCAUUCUGCUGCAAGGCAAUCAGGUGAACGAGCUGCCACCUAAUCCUGAUGAACCAGGGAAACAUCUGUUUGAAAUUACCCCAGUUGCUGGCCUGCAGAACGCCCACAUAGUGAACAGCUCCUAA